AUGCCACAAAAUAGAGUUGCUCCCUCUCCGAAUUCUGAAGAUGAAGUUGAUGAAACUGUCUCAUUGCUGAAGAGUCAGAGGUUAGCUGCACAACGACAUGAUUCUGGGAAAUUUGAAAUGAAAAAGAAUGAUUCGGAAAUGGUGGAGAAAAUUAAUCAAGUAUCAAUUGUAAACCCAAUGAUUGAAACGAAUAUUGUUUGUUUGUUCGUUGUUAAAUUUGAUUUAAAGAUUGGAUAUAGAAUUGAAUAUCAAUUUCAAAAUGAAUCAUAUCCGAUCGAUUUGGGAGGUAUUGAAUUUAAAUGUUUACCAAGUGGAACACAUAAACUUGAUACAGAUAUUGUCAUGUUUAGACACGUGCAUAAUACACAAGAAUUCUUUGGAAUGGCUUGUGUAGAUAUUUUCAGAUCGGAGGAGUUGGAUCGUGGUUCUAGAAUACGAGCUAUGGGAGUUAUUUGUAAUGAAUAUAGAGGAAUGAUGGCUCAUGCCUCCUUCUUGAAAAAGUUAUUGGCCAAGUUGAAUAGAUGUGACGAAAGUCUAGAGGGAAAGAAAACCCUCUCUGAUUGCAUUCAAAAAUUGAACAAUUACUUUACAGCAAAUGAUUCUUUCAAUGGCUCUAAGAAGGUCAGAUUAUCGGAAAUUACCAAAAUAGAGAUUGAUAACCAUCUUCAUUUUGGAUCGUUGGUUUCUCUAUUCUAUUCUUAUAGGGAGAAUAUUUUCACAUUGUGGAAGGCACUCUUAUUGAAGAAGAGAGUACUCAUCUCUACCAACGUACCAAUCGGUUUGAAUGGCUGUUCAAAAGUCCAUGCCAUUCACUUUCUUACUUAUUUUGCUCCUCAACAGAAUAUGCAAUAUAUUGAAAAACAUUUUGGAAAUGAUAUUGUGUUUGGAUACUAUGUCUCCCUCAAUGAUUAUCAACAAAUUGCCAAACAGGAUCACUAUUUGGCCUGUACAUGCGAUGAAAUUCUGGAAACCAAGAAGGAAUGCUUUGAUAUCUUGAUCAAGGAGAAGGAAAUUAUUAUUCAUGAUAAGGAAUUGGCAAAAAUUCUCAAGAAAUCAUCAAGUGAUGUGGAAAAAACUAAAAUGUUAGACGAUCUGCUUUCAAGAAUUCAACACAUGUCACGCACAGAACAGGAAUAUCUAUUCAGAAAAUACUUUGCCUUUAUCAAUAAUCAAACAAUUUUAUUCCUUGCUAUGAAUGAUUCAAUCAAUAAGAAGAUGAUUGUCACUGAGAAACAAAGUGGUGCUCUCAGUCUAUGUGGAGAUGACAUUCUAUUUGUUAAGGAGUUGGCCGAAUUAAUUGGAUUGGACAUUGAAUUCUCUUCUGGAAGUUCAUUCCUUUGUUGUUGUUAA